AUGGAGACGGGCCCAGCGCCCCUGGUGGCCCCGCCGCGCCGCCACGGCGCCCCCGCGGCUCCUUCGCCACCGCCCCGGGGUUCGCGAGCCGGGCCCGUCGUAGUGGUGGCUCCUGGACCUCCAGUGACUACGGCCACUUCGGCCCCCGUCACUCGGGUGGCCCCCGGGGAGGCGCAGCCCGCCUGGCUCCCGGAGCCGGCCCCGAGCUCGGCCACCGCGGCCACGGGCAGCACAGGGGGAGUGCACACUUUGGAGGCUUCACCUGAUGCUCCGAAGACGCAGGCCCCCCCGGGCCCACAGACCCCCGUGCGGGCCGCGGCGGCGGCGGCGGCAGAAACCGAGACGGCGGGGGCUUCAGGGACAGAGCCUCUGAAAACGGAGGCGGCUCGAACCUCGCCAGUUCCAGGACCAGGGACUCCCACCGGGACCCCCACCAGAACCCCUUCCAGAACAGCACCUGGAGCCCUGACUGCCAAACCCCCGCUUGCCCCCAAGCCGGGAACCACAGUGGCUUCAGGAGUGACUGCGCGGGGUACCGCAGGACAGGUGAUGAUCAGUGGAAAUGGAGCUGCUAGAGCAACAUCAGCAUCGACGGGGCAGGCUCUUGAGGACCCCUCAGGGCCUGUCACACGCCCUCCAGAGACAUGUGAGGCUCCGGUAGCUGUGGUGACUGUGACCCCAGCUCCCGAGCCUGCUGAAAACUUUCAAGACCUGGGCUCCACCUCCAGCCUGGGACCUGGCAUCUCUGGGCCUCGCGGGCAGGCCCCGGACACCCUGAGCUACUUGGACUCCGUGAGCCUUAUGUCCGGGACCUUGGAGUCCUUGGCGGAUGAUGUGAGUUCCUUGGGUUCAGACUCGGAGAUAAAUGGUGUGGUCCUACGCAAGACGGACAAGUACGGUUUCCUUGGGGGCAGCCAGUACUCCGGCAGCCUAGAGAGCUCUAUUCCUGUGGAUGUGGCUCGGCAGCGGGAGCUCAAAUGGCUGGAGAUGUUCAAUAACUGGGAUAAGUGGCUGUCACGGCGUUUCCAGAAGGUGAAGCUGCGCUGCCGGAAGGGGAUCCCCUCCUCCCUCAGAGCCAAGGCCUGGCAAUACCUGUCUAAUAGCAAGGAAUUCCUGGAGCAGAACCCUGGCAAGUUUGAGGAGCUGGAACGGGCCCCUGGGGACCCUAAGUGGCUGGAUGUGAUUGAGAAGGACCUGCACCGUCAGUUCCCUUUCCAUGAGAUGUUUGCUGCUCGAGGGGGCCAUGGGCAACAAGACCUGUAUCGAAUCCUGAAGGCCUACACUAUCUACCGGCCUGACGAGGGCUACUGUCAGGCCCAGGCCCCAGUGGCUGCAGUGCUGCUCAUGCACAUGCCUGCUGAGCAAGCCUUUUGGUGCCUGGUUCAGAUCUGUGACAAGUACCUCCCAGGUUACUACAGUGCAGGGCUGGAGGCCAUUCAACUGGAUGGAGAGAUAUUUUUUGCGCUCUUGCGCCGGAUCUGUCCACUGGCACAUCGGCAUCUGCGGCGGCAGCGCAUUGACCCUGUGCUCUACAUGACAGAAUGGUUCAUGUGCAUCUUUGCCCGAACCCUGCCCUGGGCGUCAGUGCUGCGUGUCUGGGACAUGUUUUUCUGUGAAGGUGUUAAGAUCAUCUUCCGGGUGGCCCUGGUUUUGCUGCGGCACGCAUUGGGCUCCGUGGAGAAGCUGCGCUCCUGUCAAGGCAUGUAUGAGACCAUGGAACAGCUGCGCAACCUGCCACAGCAGUGCAUGCAGGAGGAUUUCCUGGUACACGAGGUAACCAGCCUCCCAGUGACAGAAGCACUGAUUGAGAGGGAGAAUGCAGCCCAGCUGAAGAAGUGGCGGGAAACUCGGGGAGAGCUGCAGUAUCGACCCUCACGGCGACUGCAUGGCUCCCGUGCCAUCCAUGAGGAGCGCAGGCGGCAGCAACCACCUCUGGGCCCUUCCUCCAGCCUCCUGAGCCUUCCUGGCCUUAAGAGCAGGGGCUCCCGGGCUGCUGGAGGGGCUCCUUCUCCACCCCCUUCUGCCCGCAGGGCUAGUGCUGGGCCUGUCCCUGGGGCUGUGGUCACUGCUGAGGGACUGCACCCAUCCCUGCCCUCACCCACUGGCAACAGUACUCCCCUGGGCUCCAGCAAGGAGAUGCGGCGGCAGGAGAAGGAGCGGCAGAAACAGGAGAAGGAACAGGAGAAGGAGCGGCAGAAACAGGAGAAGGAGCAGGAGAAGGAGCGGCAGAAACAGGAGAAGGAACGACAGAGGCAGGAGAAGGAGCGGCAGAAGUGGGAAAAAGAGCAAGAGAAAGAGCAGCAGAAGCAGGAGAAGAAGGGUCAAGGCCGAAAGCUUUCCCUGCGUCGAAAAGCAGAUGGGCCCCCAGUGCCCCAGGAUGGGGACAGGCCAUCAGCAACGGAGGCCCGGCAGGAUGCUUACUUUUGACCUCUGUCUCGGGCUGGAUGGCAUGGCCCCCUUUUCCUCAGCCAAGAGGAGGCCUGGCAAGGAUGCUUCCUCAGCCCCCUGGGCAGGCUGCCUUUCUUCAGAAAGUGGCUGCUGAUCCCCCCAUGGCCAGGACAGCCUCAGUGCAUGGGGCAGCUGCAUUUCCUGAAGUAGCUGUGACCAAGUCUGGAGGCUCUUGCCUCCAUUAGGCCCAGCUGGGAUCUCUGUCAUUUCCGCCAAUUCCCUCUGGGGUACCCUCCCAGGUGCUGUCCUAAUUGGCCUCUUGUCACCACAGGGUGAUUCUUGGCGAUGGCAGCAGUUGCAGAUUCUUACACUCCAGUGGUUCUCAUCACAAUGUGGAGCUUGGUUCCUUCGCUGUCUGUCUUGGGCCCGCCUGUCACCCCACUGCCUUCUGGGGGCCAAGGCUCUUCUCCCUCUCCUGGACAUCCUUGUGUUGUAAUUAUGUACAGAAGGUCAGGUUGGCCUGGGGUGGGAUGCUCUGUCCUUUGGCUCUCUUUCACAGUGCUCUGCACUCCAGUUUCUUUAAGGGGACAUGCACUGAAAUAGGAAAUGUUCUCCGCUUCGCUUUCCUCCUCCUCUCGUCCUGCUCUCCCUCCUUACCCACCUGCUUUGUAUUCUCAGGCCUCACUAGGACCCACUUUUCAUCUUGUCCCUUCUAGCCUUUAAGCCUCUCUCUGAGUAAGGGUCUUCCCUUGAGUCCAGGGGGUGGAGCCCAAUGUUUACAUUCUCUUCUGUCUCAGUCCCAUCCCAUGCAGUGCUUUGAGGAACCGGAUUAAGAACCUACUGUUUUACCUGGA